GAGUGCCCAGUCCACAGUUCAAGGAAUUCAUGCCGAUUGUGUUGGGCAGGAAUCCUCCAGGCCAGCCCUUCACUGCUUGGAUUUCCUUUCUCUUCUCUCUCUCAAUCUCUUUUUCUCCCCAUCUGCCACCAUGGGGGCCACUCGCUGGGGGAUCUGCUCCGCAGGGAAAAUCAGCCACGAUUUUCUUGUGGCUCUGAAGACUUUGCCACCGGAAGAACACAAGGUGGUGGCCAUUGCUUCUCGAGACCUCAGCCGAGCUCAGGAAUAUGCCAAGAACCACACCAUCCCCAAGGCCUAUGGUUCCUAUGAAGAACUGGCUCAGGAUCCAGAUGUUGAUGUGGUAUAUGUGGGAGUGAUACAUCCCUGUCAUCUCCCAGCCACCCUCCUCUUCAUUCAGGCUGGAAAGAAUGUGCUCUGUGAGAAGCCCUUGGGUAUGAAUGCUGCCGAGGUCAAGGCGAUGGUGCAGGCAGCUCGGGAAAACAAUGUCUUCUUUAUGGAGGCUUUCUGGACUCGUUUUUUCCCAGCUUUGGAGAAGAUUCGUUCCCUGCUGAGGCAAAGAACAGUGGGGAAUGUGGUGGUACUCCAUGCCGAAUUUGGUGUACCUCUUCUGUCAGUCCCCAGGUGUGUGGAAAAAGAGCUUGGAGGUGGUGCCUUGCUAGAUAUUGGUAUCUACUGUGUCCAGUGGGCCUGCAUGGUCUUCAAUGGGGAGAAACCGCAAUCCAUUGUGGCCUCAGGAUUCUUGCAUGAAACAGGUGUCGACAAAAUGGCUUCAAUCAUCCUGAACUAUUCAGGCCAGCGACAGGCUGUCCUCACCUACAGCAUGAUGAACCAGUUGCCCAAUCGAGCAACCAUUAGUGGCACCGAGGGAAUAAUUGAGAUCCCAAGUUGUUUGUGGUGCCCACAGGAGUUGGUCAUCAAUGGUCAGAAGGAAGAGUUCCCCCUUCCUUCUCCAUCCCAAAAACUGAACUUUGCUGGCAGCACAGGUCUACGCUAUGAAGCAGAGCAUGUCAGACAGUGUCUUCUCCAAGGCCUCAAAGAGAGCCCUGUUAUGUCUCACGCAGACAGUGAACUAGUUCAUUUCAUCCUGGAUGAAGCCCGGAGGCAGCUGGGGGUGUCCUAUUCUCAGGACCGUGCCUGAUUCAUGCUGUACUUUGUUCUUCUGGCUCUGUGUGUACAAGAGAAGAAACAUUCAGACGUCACCCCUAGAAAUCCUAAUGCUGUAUGUGUGUGUAACUAUGGAGUUUAUCAGACAAGGGAAAUUGGAAGGAUAAUCCAAUGGCAAUCUGAACGCUAUAAUGGGGUUUAACAUUAUUGCGUGAUAGUCUACCACACGCAAUU